ACAAUUUUGAACAAAAUUAAAGAAUUCUAAUGAAAAUCAAACUGUUACACAAUCAUAAUUUAUUACAAUCAUGAAGCUUAAGAAAGCUAAAUCUGACAGUGAAACAGUGCCUGAAAUGCCGGUGAUUCCGCCUCAAGCAGAAAUCAUAGAAGCCGAUUUAUAUAAGCGCACUUACUUUGGACCAGAUAUACCAACUCUUGAAUUAGAAUGUUGGGAAGAAGAAUUGACUGAAGUACAGCUAAAAGCAUAUCAAAAUGCUGACGAGGAAUAUAAAAGUAUACAAACUAAAAUCGACGAUGUGGUCAAAGAAACAGGGGGCCAAAUCGUAUAUAAUGGUGAUCAGUUCACAGCAUAUCAAUUGCUUGGAAAACAACCAGUGUUGAAGGAUUUGGAGAGGCAAAGUGCAGAAAUUAUCCGUUCCAGGUCUCGAUCUCUGUCUGUAUCUAAAGAGCCAAAAAGUAAAAGAGGACGGAAUAAAAGGUAUCGUGAUGAUGAUGAUGAGAAUUAUUCACCUCCAGCCGAAAAAUCUGGAUCCCCUGAACCGAAACACAAGAAGAAGAAAAAAGAUAAAGAAAAGAAGAAAGAUAAAGAUGAACCAACAAAAACUAAGGACAAGACCUUGGCUCCUUCUAAUGUGCACAGUGUGGUGACAAAUGUAAGACCAUCAGAAGCCACUGCUGUGGGUGGCUUACUCACAGGUACCACAAAAACAACAGCCAUUGUUGAUCUGACCAAGGAUGAUGGAAACAGCAAACAUGUAGCAGAUUCACGUGAAGUUUCCUUCAAUAAACUGCAAGGCAAAACAUUCCCAUCGUUAGUGGUAGUAGCCCGACCCCACCUUCGCGCUCGAGAGGGUGCGCCCUCCGACCGCACGUCCCUCGACACUAAAGUCAAGGCUGUGCUCAUACAUACACCCAUGAAGUUCACGGAGUGGUUGAUUCAGCAGGGUCUCGUAAGGUCUGAGCAAUGGUGCGCCUUACAUCCCGGCAACAAGCUCAAGCUUGGCAUGUACUCAGAUGUUUCCAAAUUUCCAUACUCCGGAGGAUAUGUGUGGAUAUCAGAGUGCUGUCCUACAAGAUUUGUAUCUGUCUUCUCGAGCUCCAUUUUCGAAGGUGCCACAUUCCCACCCAGUGUGCUUUUGAAGCUAAUAUACCACUGGGCAUGUCAAACCAAUGUCCAGAAUGUGGUUCAGUGGGUCAAAGUUGACAACUUGUAUGUGAAAGGACUAUUCACGUGGCUAAGAGCAGUGUGCACAUCAGCUAUACACCACCACAUGGGUCUCCUGGGUGGGCCAGGGAAGAAAGUUGAAGUUGGAGUCAUAUCUUUGGGCACUACAAGCCAUGAUGGCACACAGAGACAAGUCAAGGUUGAAGUGUUAGGAGUGUUAGAUCCUGUAGAAAAACUGAUUCGCCUUCGUGCAGUUGAGCCGUUGGCUGAGUUUGAGAAGAACUACAAGAAACGAUUCCAAAAAAUUCUAGAACCACUUACUAAUUGGGUGCACCCAUCAUCCGUAAUACUCACAGACCUUACGGUAGACAAGAGCACACUGGUGUCCAUGGGCUUCAAGUCGGUGCUACAAUCGUCUUCACACUCCGACCAGCCAGCAAAGAAUAGCAAUGCCAAUAUAAUGGAGUACUUACGACGUAUAGUCCCAAGAAUGUUCCAGAAUACUUUGUCUCUGCUAUCUAGACAAAUUAUACAGCAGUUUCUUGAUGAACUAGUAUGGAGAGAAAAGUUUGGCAUAUCUCCUGGUCUGGCGUUUGACAAUAUUGUUACACACAUAGCUGAACAAACAAAACUAGACAACAAAGACCCAAUUACAGUGAGACUCAACAAAAUCGCCGCAAAUCCAUUCAAGAACUGGAAAUAUGAUUCUUCUAAGAAGGAGAAACACAAUGAUCCAGCGGAUACCGAAACUGGUAGAGGCAAACGCUCCAGAAAGAAGAAAGAACCAACACCACCACCAACCCCACCGCCAAAGAAGAGAAAGAAGGAAAAAACUACAUACAUCGAGGAUGAUGAAGAUGGUGAUGAGAUACCAUUGUCACUUCGUCGUACUAAAAUAAAACAAGAGAAGAAUAAAGAUGGUGACACCACAAUCCGUACAUAUAAGAAACGUAAGCAACCUAAAACUUACACCAUUGAUGAUGAUAUGGAUGACGUACCUCUUAAGACCAUCAAGAAAGAAAUUAAACCUGAAGAGACAGUGUCCUUAGAACGAUUCUAUUUUGGACAGACCUCAGAAGGAGUAAAAGAUAAUAUAUCUAUAGCUGUUGAGUGUCCAUUGUGUCACAUAGAAUUCAAUGAGAGCUUAGCAUUGAUGGACCACAUAUUCAAGCAUGUGAUUCCUCCACCAGAGGGCUGCGGGGAGGAAGCCCCGCAGUGCUCGUUCUGUCUGCUGCGGUAUGCCUCGCAGGCUGAACUAGAUGAGCACUUGAAGAAUGUCCACCCAAUAGAUACAAAGUCUCCGGAGCUAUUCACUUACGCGUGUCUGAUUUGUGAGGUGCGUUUCGCGGCGGUUUUGACGCUGGCAACGCACAUGCAGAAGGCGCACGCGCCUCGCGAGCUUCCGUAUGCGUGCGGCGCGUGCCCGUACCGCGCGUCCGCACACCGCGCCGCACUGAACCACGCGCGCACGACGCACGCACGCUCCGCCGCGCUGCAUUGUCCCCUCUGUCUCAAGGUUAUACCAAUAUAUGCCGAUGGGCAUGAGCUCACGGCCAAUUUGAUGCUGUUCAUAGACCAUCUGAAAACACACCAAAUGUGUUUGGAAGUAAGAUGCAACAGAUGUGUACUCAAAUUUAUGCAUAUCGGUCAGUUAAAAGAGCAUCAGAUUAGAGAUCAUAACAGCAUUGACGAUGUUAUUCCUUUGUGCUCUGAAGAACAUCUCAUUAAUAAGCCCAAGAACAAAGCCACACCUCCAGUCAAGGCGUCGACCAGCCACACCAUCGGAGAGACAUUCGAGGGUCUGACGCUCGUCCUGCCCGACGGAAUGAUCUGUCGCGAGUGUGACACACCCCUCGACAGCGACAAGCACUUCUUGGGUGUGACGACGUGCACGAAGUGUCCGUACGUGACGUCGUGCUACCGCGGCAUGCUGUGCCACAGCGCGUUCUGCGCUGGCGUGCACGCACUAGAGGACGCACCACGCCCCGCCCCCACUAUGCUAUACUGCGUGUGCGGACACAACACGGCCAUUGGUACUGACAUGCUAACACAUCUUCUGUUUUCUGGCCACUCCACUGCAUACACGUCAGAAGAACUUGCACAAGACAAUCUUGUCAAGAAAAACCCUGAAACUAAGGCUGUUGAAGAAACAACAGAUACGCCUGUGGAGAACCUACCAGUGAUGUCAGAUUAUGCUCCGCCAUCGGUGAUCAACACCCAGCUAUCACUUGAUGAUUUGGCUCCACCCUCAGUGCUGCAGACUGAUCAGCAUGAUCAGGAACUUUUGAAGGACACCUAUGAUAGGCCACUAGCAACCCCGAGACACGAAGACCCCCAGUAUAGCCUCAGUGACUUUGAGCCCCUUCCCCAAGAACCACCACCUCAGCCAGACUUUGAGCAGCUGUAGUUAUUAAAAAUUAUGUAUGAUGAUAUUCAUUUAAUAAUAUAAAAGAAGUAGAAGUUUUAUUUUUAUUUUCUAAAUUUUAUUUACAUUGUGUAUAACAAAAAUAUAAUAUUACCUUGAUUGUGGAAAAUCCAAAAAAAUAGCUAUUCUAUUGUUAUCAUGGUUGUAUGUGACGGCUUGAGGUGUUAAGUUAAAAAUUCUAAUUAUGAAUUGACCAUAUUUUUUUUAAAUACCAUACUACAUUACAGCAUGUAUUGAACUUAGUUAUUAAGCUUAAUAGAAACAAAUAAAGUUUAUUUAAAAUUUA